AUGCCGGCCGCCAGGGGGCGCGGCCGGAGCCGGCGCGGCGGAGCCCGAGGAGGGAGGAGGGAGGAGGGGAGCCGGCGGAGAAGGGUCAGCCGCGGCGGCAGGGGCGGCAGCGGCGCAGCUCCGCUCCCCGAGCGUCUCCGUCCCGGCGCCCCAGGAGGGCGCGCGGCUCCCGCCGCAGGGAUGCUGCCGCCCGCCCGCCGCGGCCGCCGCCUCGCGCUCCCGGCGCUGCUCUCGCUCCUCACCUGCUCGCUGGCUUUUGCUUUGGUUUCUGAAGAUACAAAGAAAGAGGUCAAGCAAUCUAAGAAUUUGGAGAAAAGUGGUGUCUCAAGGAAAAGUGAUAUAGAUUUAAAAGGAAUUGUAUUUGUCAUCCAGAGUCAAAGUAAUUCUUUUCAUGCAAAGAGAGCGGAACAGUUAAAAAAAAGCAUCUUAAAGCAAGCAACAAAUCUCACACAGGAACUCCCUAGAGUCCUCCUUCUUCAUCAGCUGUCUAAGCAGGAAGGUGCAUGGACAAUACUUCCACUGUUACCACACUUUUCUGUAACAUAUAGCAGAAAUUCAUCAUGGAUUUUCUUCUGUGAAGAAGAAACAAGGAUACAAAUUCCAGAACUCUUAGAAACACUCAGAAGAUAUGACCCAUCAAAGGAAUGGUUUUUAGGAAAAGCAUUACAUGAUGAAGAAUCUACAAUAAUUCACCAUUAUGCCUUUUCUGAAAAUCCUACAAUUUUUAAAUAUCCAGACUUUGCUGCUGGCUGGGCCCUUAGUAUUCCACUUGUAAACAAGAGCAAAGGAAUUUUCCAUUUAUGCCGGUGGGCAAGUCUGGCAACCUUCUCCAGGAGAGGCACCCUUGAGUUUGAUCUUGACCAAAGGUUUGCCAGGCUUACCAAGAGGUUAAAGAGUGAAUCCCUGAAAUCCGACUUUACAAUAGACUUAAAACAUGAGAUUGCCCUCUACAUCUGGGACAAAGGCGAUGGGCCUCCCCUCACUCCAGUGCCUGAGUUUUGUACAGAUGCUGUGGACUUCUACUGUGCUACCACCUUCCAUUCUUUUCUACCACUUUGUGGAAAUCCAGUGAAGAAAGAGGAUAUAUUUUUUGCAGUAAAAACGUGCAAGAAAUUUCAUGGUGAUAGAAUUCCCAUUGUAAAGCAGACCUGGGCAGGCCAGGCAAGUCUCAUUGAAUACUACAGUGAUCAUGCAGAAAGUUCCAUUCCUACAGUAGAUCUGGGGAUUCCCAAUACAGAUAGAGGUCACUGUGGAAAGACAUUUGCCAUUUUGGAAAAAUUUUUGAAUCACAGCCAUGACAAAAUAGCAUGGUUGGUCAUCGUGGAUGAUGAUACAUUAAUAAGCAUCUCCAGACUCCAGCACUUGCUUAGCUGUUACGACUCCAGUGAACCGGUGUUUCUGGGAGAGCGGUACGGCUACGGCCUGGGCACUGGCGGCUACAGCUACAUCACGGGAGGAGGAGGAAUGGUCUUCAGCAGAGAAGCAAUUAGGAGACUUCUUGCCAGUAAAUGUCGCUGCUACAGCAAUGAUGCUCCCGACGAUAUGGUCCUAGGCAUGUGCUUUAGCGGGUUGGGAAUCCCUGUGACACACAGCCCUCUCUUCCAUCAGGCUCGGCCCGUGGAUUAUCCUAGGGACUACCUUUCUCACCAGGUUCCCAUAUCCUUUCACAAACACUGGAACAUUGAUCCAGUAAAAGUGUAUUUCACGUGGCUGGCACCCAGUGAGGAAGACAAAGCCAGGCAGGAGACACAGAAGGGCUUUAAGGAAGAGUUAUAAAGCGUGCUAGCCUGGGAGCACAGUUUGGGUCGGAGACUGGCAUCAUCCUGCUGAGCGGUGAGCAUACUGUUGCCACAUGCCACGUGGCAUUGGAAGCCUUUUGACUUUAGGUUGAAAUUACAUAUACGGUAUUUUUUGAGGCGGGGGGGGCAGGGAACAGAGUCAUAGGGAAAACCCUGGGAUUUUUUUUUUCUGGGGGAAAAAGCAUUUGCUUUUUGCAUUAUGCAGUUAUUGUUAAUAUACAAUGAUUGUGUAUUUUUUCAAGUUGUGGUAUAGCAGCUUUAUUACUGUCACAGAAAAAUAAAUGGUACCAGAAGUCUCCCUCCUAUUUUCUCUCUUCAUUAUAAAGUGUCAGAUGGGUAUGAGACUGGAAAGACAUGACUGUAUUUAUAUAUGUGCUAGAUACAUAUAUGUGUGUGUGUAUAUAUAUAUAGUACAUAUAGAAUAUAUACUUUAUACAUAUAGUAUAUAUUCUAUACUUUAGAUAGAAGAGGCAACAUCUGUUGACAUGGAUAUUGCCAUGGUGUAAACUUUUUGACUGUAUUAUUGAUGAUUAAAAUUAUUUUCUGGUUAUUCAAUAGGAAUAAUGCUGUAGUAAAUAUCAUUCAUAAAACAUCAUAAAAGUCUAGAUAUGAAGUCCCCCAUAGUCUGUAAUCAAGGUUGUUAUGUUUUAUCUAUUUUUCUGUUUUUGCCUCAUAAAAAGAGAAUAAGAAGUCUUCUGUUAGAACUUUCUAUUUCUUUAGAGGUUUAUCUGUGUUCUAUUUCUCCCCGAAGCCCUAUCUUUAUGACCUCCUUGUAACACAAAAGUGUACUGGAUGCUGCCAGAAAAUAGUGUUUUCAAUAUUUAAAGACAAUGUUGUCAUGCUUUAUUCAAGUUAGUGAGCUCUGUGUAAGUCUCAGGAAGUGAAUUAAAUUAAUUUGUACCUGAUGUUUUACUCUUAUUUUUCCUUGAAUGUUACUUAAUGACUCCCUGCUGGCUCAUAAUAGACCCUCCAGUGUACCAUGAAACCCUCGUGGAAAGACAGCAUGGUGAUUUGGCAAUUAAUUACCCUGGUUCUUACAGAAUGAGAUUUGAACACAGUAUUUUUUAUUUUCAAAUCAUAUCUUUAAUAUAUAGUAAUUUAACACAUUAUUAAUUUGUAAAAAGUACUCUGAUGUUUUAAUUAUAGAAUUCAGUUUUUCUAAGAGUGUUUGCAUAAAAUUUGAUUUUCGUAGGUCUUAAACUAGUUUUGGUCUAGUAAAAUACUUUCCUUUUUUUAAAAAAAUAAAAAUUGCUAUUCGUUAACUUUGCUUAUAAGGCUCAUAAUUAUAGUGAAGUGCAGGGUUUUAAAGCCAUACCAUCAAAAGUACCUAUGUGUGUUUUUUUUAACAAUAUUUUUUUCUUAUAGCUUAGACUGGACUCAUUUCCAAAAUGAUGCAAUAGUAUUUUUACCAUUGUUCCAAAUUAGCAAAUACCAGGACUGGUGUGUUUUCAGUGGUACCUGAAUGCACUGGAUUUGUUUCUGUGAAAGUGGAUUUUUGUGGCCUGUGCAAGGAAUGGAUCGGAGACGAUGAACUGGAUGUGAAGCACCCUAAGGAUUUAUAGAUCUAUCAAACUAUUGGUGGUGACAUCAGCAUUGUUGUCAUAGCUGGGCUGGUUGUCAUGGCUACUGUUGCAGAGGCCUCCGUGUCACCUGUGAUAAUACUCCUGGAGGGCCUAGCUGCCUGAUCCAGUGGAGAAGAGGCUUUGGUUCUUCCUGCUCCUGCUCCCACUUGUCACAUUCAGGAUACAGCAUAUUCGUUUGACAGGACUGAACCAGCAUCUGUAUGUGAAGAUCCAUGUCAAGCUUUCUUAUGAUCAGUGCCUUCUACUGAUACCGGAGCACCUCCUCUGGUACUUGUUGGUGUUUUGUUAAUUAUGUUUAGUUUCUGGAACUAUGUAAGCCUAACCACAAAUAAAAGGUCUUUGCCUAAGUUA